AAAAGAUAACAGCUGGAUUAAUUAUAUUGAUUGUAAACAGUACCGGAAACUUCUGUGAAGGAUCUUUUCUGUUCUGCUCAGGACAAAGCUGUGGAUUUAUCAAGUAGCUCUUAAAGAAGUCCUUUGUGUGGAUUAUAUACAUAUAGAUGUUUUCAUGAAGAGGAGUGAAAAGCCCGAAGGUUAUAGACAGAUGAGGCCUAAGACCUUUCCUGCCAGUAACUACACUGGCAGCAGCAGGCAAAUGUUACAAGAAAUUCGGGAAUCUCUUAGAAAUUUAUCCAGACCAUCGGAUGCAGCGAAGGCCGAACAUAACAUGAGUAAGAUGUUAACUGAAGAUCCUCGACAAGUCAGAAAUCCUCCCAAAUUCGGGAUGCAUCAUAAAGCCUUGCUAGAAAUUCGAAACUCUCUACUGCCAUUUGCCAAUGAAACAAAUUCUUCCUCCCGGUGUUCUGCAGAAGUCAACCCCCAAAUGCUUCAAGAUUUGCAAGCUGCUGGAUUUGACGAGGAUAUGGUUAUACAAGCACUUCAGAAAACUAACAACAGAAGUACAGAUGCUGCGAUUGAAUUCAUUAGUAAAAUGAGUUACCAAGAUCCUCGAUGGGAACAGACAGCCGGGGCAGCUGCCAGGCCUAUCAAUGCCAGCUUAAAACCAGGGAAUGUGCAACAAUCAGUUAACCGCAAACAAAGCUGGAAAGGGUCUAAAGAAUCCCUAGUUCCUCAGAGGCAUGGCCCGCCACUCGGAGAAAGCGUAGCCUAUCAUUCUGACAACCCGAACUCGCAGCCAGAUGUGGGAAGGCCUUUGUCAGGGUCUGGCAUAGCAGCGUUUGCUCAGGCUCACGCCAGCAACGGACAGAGAGUGAACCCACCACCGCCUCCCCAAGUCCGGAGUGUCACUCCGCCUCCCCCUCCGAGAGGCCAGACUCCCCCGCCGAGAGGCACAACGCCACCUCCGCCCUCCUGGGAACCAAACUCUCAGACCAAGCGCUAUUCUGGGAACAUGGACUACGUGAUCCCCCGAAUCUCGCCUGUGCCGCCGGGAGCCUGGCAGGAGGGCUAUCCUGCACCGCCUCUGAACGCGUCCCCCCUGAACCCUACCCAGGGCCAGAGAGGCAUUAGUUCUGUGCCUGUCGGUCGGCAACCAAUCAUCAUGCAGAGUUCAAACAAAUUUAGCUUUCCACCCGGGAGACCUGGAAUUCAGAAUGGUAGUGGUCAGGCUGAUUUCAUGAUGCAUCAGAACGUCGUUCCUGCUGGCACGGUCAGUCGGCAGCCACCCCCUCCCUACCCUCUCACCUCAAGUAAUGGACAAAGCCCUUCUGCUUUACAGGCAGGGGCAUCUACCGCUCCUUCAUCAUACACAAAUGGGAAUAUUCCUCAGUCUAUGAUGGUGCCAAACAGAAAUAGUCACAACAUGGAACUCUAUAACAUCGGUGUCCUGGGACUGCAGACCACCUGGCCCCAGUCAUCUUCUGCUCCAACCCAGUCCUCCCCAAGCGGUGGGCAUGAAAUUCCUCCAUGGCAGCCCAAUAUACCGGUGAGGUCAAAUUCUUUCAAUAACCCUCUAGGAAGCAGAGCGAGUCAUUCUGCCAAUUCUCAGCCGUCGGCGACAACAGUCACUGCUAUCACACCUGCUCCCAUUCAGCAGCCUGUGAAGAGCAUCCGCGUAUUAAAGCCCGAGCUGCAGACUGCCCUCGCACCCACGCACCCUUCCUGGAUGCCGCAGCCCAUUCAGGCCGUGCCGCCCGGGCCUUUCUCAGAGAGCACGACUUCAAAUGUGACCGUGAUGCCGCCAGUUGCUGAAGCUCCAAACUAUCAGGGCCCGCCACCCCCUUAUCCCAAACAUCUGCUCCACCAGAACCCGCCUUUCCCCCCGUACGAGCCUGUCAGUAAGUCCGGCAAAGAGGAUCAGCCGAGCUUGCCCAAGGAGGAGGAGGGUGAGAAGAGCUAUGAGCAUGCCGACAGUGGGGACAAAGAAAAGAAGCAGAUCACAACUUCACCCAUCACUGUUAGGAAAAACAAGAAAGACGAAGAGCGAAGGGAAUCUCGCAUUCAGAGUUACUCUCCCCAGGCAUUUAAAUUCUUCAUGGAGCAGCAUGUCGAAAAUGUACUCAAAUCUCAUCAGCAGCGGCUCCAUCGUAAAAAACAACUAGAGAAUGAAAUGAUGCGGGUUGGAUUAUCUCAAGAUGCCCAGGAUCAAAUGAGAAAGAUGCUUUGCCAAAAAGAAUCUAAUUACAUCCGUCUUAAGAGAGCCAAAAUGGACAAGUCUAUGUUUGUGAAAAUAAAGACAUUAGGAAUAGGCGCAUUUGGGGAAGUUUGUCUAGCAAGAAAAGUAGAUACCAAGGCUUUGUAUGCCACAAAAACUCUUCGAAAGAAAGAUGUCCUACUUCGAAAUCAAGUUGCUCAUGUAAAAGCCGAGAGAGAUAUCCUGGCAGAAGCUGACAACGAAUGGGUAGUCCGUCUCUAUUAUUCGUUUCAAGAUAAGGACAAUUUAUAUUUUGUGAUGGAUUACAUUCCUGGGGGUGAUAUGAUGAGCCUGUUGAUUAGAAUGGGAAUCUUUCCAGAAAAUCUGGCACGUUUCUACAUCGCAGAGCUUACCUGUGCAGUCGAAAGUGUCCAUAAAAUGGGUUUCAUUCAUAGAGAUAUUAAGCCUGAUAACAUUCUGAUUGAUCGUGAUGGUCAUAUUAAAUUGACUGACUUUGGCCUCUGCACUGGCUUCAGAUGGACUCAUGAUUCUAAGUACUAUCAAAGCGGUGACCAUCCGAGGCAGGAUAGCAUGGAUUUCAGUAAUGAGUGGGGCGACCCCUCCAACUGUCGGUGUGGAGACAGACUGAAGCCCCUGCAGAGGAGAGCUGCACGCCAGCACCAGCGAUGUUUGGCACAUUCUUUGGUUGGAACCCCCAAUUAUAUUGCCCCUGAAGUGUUGUUACGGACAGGUUACACACAAUUAUGUGAUUGGUGGAGUGUGGGUGUCAUUCUUUUCGAAAUGUUGGUGGGACAACCUCCUUUCUUGGCACAAACACCACUAGAAACACAAAUGAAGGUUAUCAACUGGCAAACAUCUCUUCACAUUCCAUCACAAGCUAAACUGAGUCCUGAAGCUUCUGAUCUUAUUAUUAAACUUUGCCGAGGACCAGAAGACCGUCUAGGCAAGAAUGGUGCUGAUGAAAUAAAAGCUCACCCAUUUUUUAAAACAAUUGAUUUCUCUAGUGACCUGAGACAGCAAGCUGCUUCUUACAUUCCUAAAAUCACACAUCCGACAGAUACAUCCAAUUUUGAUCCUGUUGACCCAGAUAAGUUAUGGAGUGACGAUAAUGAGGAAGAAAACGUAAACGACACUCUGAAUGGAUGGUAUAAAAAUGGAAAGCACCCUGAACAUGCUUUUUAUGAAUUUACCUUCCGGAGGUUUUUUGAUGACAAUGGCUAUCCAUAUAAUUAUCCAAAGCCGAUUGAAUAUGAAUAUAUUAAUUCACAAGAAGCCGAACAGCAUUCAGAUGAAGAUGAUCGGCAUGCAGGCUCAGAGAUCAAAAAUCGUGAUCUAGUUUAUGUUUAACACACUAGAAAAUAAUUGUAGUAAGAAGUUGCAAAAAAGAUCCGAAGCCCAGGUUUUUUUGAGACUCUGAGGAAAAAUAAAAUAUGCAAGUGUGACAGAGCUAUGUAUGUAUGUAUGCUCUGUUUACAUUAUUUAAUGUUUCUAAAUUAUGGGAAAUUCUUUUUAAAGUGUUAAUUUAUUCCAGCUUUUGUAAUCAGUAAUUUAGAAAAAAAUUGUUAUAAAGUAAAUUAUGAACUGAAUACUAUAUAGUCAGUUCUUGGUACUUAAAGUACUUAAAAAUAGUGCUUUGUUUAAAAGGAGAAGUCUGUAUCUAAAUGUGUACAUAUGCGAGAUAAUUUUAAAUGACAAGCUUUGGAAAAUUUUCUGAAAGACAGUUUUAGUUUUAUUUUGCUUUAACCAAAUAUGAAACAUCCCAUAUUUACAAGAUCUUCUACUCUCAUAACCUGGUUUUGGUACAAAAUAAGUUGGAGAAAUGAAACCAUCGUGAUGGUGAGUGCUACUAGGCUAGUGAUAAUGGCAUAAUUCACAUCUUAAAGCCAAGAAAUAUAGGGUUGAAAUACGUUACCAGAUGUUAGGUAAAGUUUACCUGUUAUUUUUUCAGAGGCGGAAAACGUUUUUUUCUCCCAAGAGUAUUUAAUCUAGCAUUAUUUAAGAAUUACUGUCCAAGUUGGAGAUAUAGUGCAGGAAGUAAGAUGCUUGCCUUGCAUGUUGCUGACCCUGCAUUCAUCCUCAGCACCACAAAAUGAUCCCAACAGCACUGCCAGAGGUCACUCCUUAGCACAGGGCCCUUGAGCACAUCUGGUUCAAGCACCUCCACCCCAAACUAAAAGAUACUGGGCCGAAAGAGAGAGUACAGCAGGCAGGGGGCUUGCCUUGCAAUCAGCCAACCAGGAUUCUGCCCCACACGGUCCCCUCUAUCCUUUAAGGAGUGAUCCCUGAGUGCAGAGCCAGGAAUAAGUCCUGAGCACUGCCAUAUAUGGCCCAAAACAAAUAAAAAUAAUAAAAAAGUAUUGACUUUAAAAGGAGCAAAACAACUUGAAGGGUUGGUUUUUCUUCUCCCAUAUUGGAAUAUUAUUUAUUGUGAUUCUUGUAGUAAGCUUCACCACUUCGUUUACUCGUGGUUCAGUGCUCAGGAAUCACUCCUGACAUUGCUUGGGGGGACCAUCGGUGGUGCCGGGGAUCUGAAUUGGGGUGCAUUGCAGGGAAAGGCAAGGCAAGUACCUUCCCUCCUGUAUUAGCUCUCUGGCCCCUCAUAUUUGUAUCUUAAUGCUGCUUCCAGUAUUAAAAGGGGGGAAAAAAAGGUCCAUAAAUCAAAAUUUGUUAAUAAAAGCCAAGAUAUUUUUUUUCUACUUGAAAAAAAUCUUUUAGUUCACCAUUCUAAACAGACUAUUUUUAGUUUAAUACAAUUUUUUUUUUGACGACACUUUCUGGGACACGCCUGGGAAUGCUCAGGAAUUACUCCUGGUUCUGCACUCAGAAAUUACUCCUGGCAUGCUCAGGGUUCCAUAUGGGGUACGGGGAAUCAAACCCGAGUUGGCCAUGUGCAAGGCAAACACCCUACCCACUGUCCGAUCGCUCUGCCCUCCCCCCCAUAUCAUCAGUAAUAUUAAAGGUUUUUCUCUUUCAGAAAGUAGUGCCGCAUAUGUGAAUUGUUAACUAGCGAAGGAAAGUCUGACUGUUGGGCAGUAUUUUACCGAGGAGCAUAUUAAAUGGUAAAAAUGUCAUUUUUAUCUUUUAACUAAGGUGCCAUUAGUAAUUAGAGUUACUUAAUGGUUUUAGAUAUUUCAAAUUACCCUUAGGAGUAAAUAUGUUUCAGCCUGCCUGUGAAAUGCAGUGUUUAGGAUUUAAAGAAUACUUCAGGAUUCACACCAAAAUACCUAUCUUUUUUUAGGAAGGGGACAAGGACUCUUCUAACAGCAGUGAAAUUAGUAUUUCAUUUCCUUUUCUUAAGCCUCACUGAUAGAGAAUUUUUUCAUUCACAUAAUAUUUGUGGAUAACAAUUUUAGUGAUUUCCAAAUGUUGGCUUCAUAAAAACUCAUGGAAACAGUUAAAAGUAAAAUUAACGGCAGAGUUCUUCCUUUUGAAUUAGGAGAGCAGAAACUUAUUGGCCCAUACUUGCCACUGUUCUCUAAGUGGCCCUGUCAGAGCUCAGCUUGUAGACUGCUGUGUAGCCCACAAUGGAUGGGUCUUCGAGGGCCAUUCGUCCUUUCAAGAACUGAUGAGAGUUCUGGCCAUUGGUCCCAUAAUAUUGCACGUCAACACACAGAAUGUUACGUGAAGUUUUGGGGAUUAUGGACGUGUUGAAAUUAAUCUCAGAGUCUUAGGUGAAGAGCUUCUUUUAGGACAGCAUUGAUACAUAUCACACUGAGAACUUUGCCUUAAAUUUUUAGAUCAGCACUCAAAGUAUAUCUUAGAUAAAUACUGACAGUUUGUCAUGGAUAAGGUCCAUCCCAUGUCAUGAGAUAUCCCUAUGUAUGACUCUCUCCCUGGCUGUGUUCAGUAGAGUGACUAAGUUCUUGAAUACAAGCAUUUCUGCUGUAUAACCAAUGAACUGAGGCAGUUUUUGGUCACUGAAAAAUCAAAUUAGUUGGCAGCGUAGUUUCAACUUUGAUCUAUACAGUGAAGAGCAGAGGUAGUUCUAACAACUACGUGUAUUGACUUGAUACCUACAGCGUAUUGGCGUAUUUGUAACAGCUUUCCAUUGUAUUCCAGCAACCUACACUGUUGUUUGUUCUUGGCAUACUGUCACUUGUCUGUUGAUAGACAUGCCCAAAUAGAUGUCUUUGUAAAGUGUGGAUUAAAUCUUGGGCCUUUAAAGCCCUCACCUUGUUCUUGAAUGGGUUUCAAAAGAAGAAACCCACUCGCAAUGAAGAAGCAUCAUCUGUUUUUCUUAAUAACACUAUCAGUAACAUGACCAACAAAGAAAGUGAACACUACAAUGAAUUUUAAGUUUUAUGUUAAUUUCACCUUCAAUAAGUUGGCUAAAGAUAGCUGAUAAAGGGAAUGGGGCAGUAGCUCAAAGGACUAGAUCUCUAGGAAGCCCCAGGUUCAAGCACAGCAGGGAGUGCGCACCUGCCCGCCCCCCUCCCCCAAAUAAAGGAUGGCAUUAGUGAAAAAGCUGCUGUAUUUAAAUGAAAGAAUAAAUCAGGGUUGAGAGAUAGCUCCACAACCUGGAAUAUGCACUCGGCAUAAGGGAAACCUGGGUCUUGUCCCUGCCACCACAUGGUCCCCUGAGCACUAACAGGGCUCAGAAAAAAAAAGAGAACUGAUAAUCAGUGCUCUUGAGGAUCAAUGUGAAUUACAGCUGUUUUUCUGGUUAUCAUAGCUUGAUAAACUUUAGGGUUUGAAAGAUGGGAGGGAUGGCUGUCCUCACCAUAGGAUUUGCAAACAUGUUAUUUCCCAGUAGGUUUUUUUUUUUUUUUAUAAUUGAGAAUCUAUGGUUUACAAUAUUAUUAAUAUUUUCUCUUUCCCAGUAGGUUCUGUCAGCAUACUUCCUAUCAAGUCUUUAUGCAUAGCUCUUAACCUGUUCUAAGACCAUCUUAUCUCUUAAUCACUGUAUAGGCCAUUAUGAAGGCUAAGAUUUAUAACUAGAAAUUCUACUAUUUUCUCAGUUGAAACCAAGUUCUCGGUUAUUUUGUACAUUAUUUGGGGGGGGGGGCAGUUCUCCAAGCACUGCUUGGAGACCACCAGGGCCACACCUCAUAAUUCUUGGGGGAUCUUUUGGUGCUGGGACUUCAGCUGCAAAGCACACUCUCCCACCUAGCCCUGUUUUGUGUUUUUUGUUGCUGCAGUGCUGGGCAUUAAACCCAGGGCCUUACCCAUGCAAGGCAAGUGCUCUGUUGCUGAUCUCCAUGUACGUGCCUUGUCACUUUGACCUGUUUUUAAAGCAUAAGGUCCUUAUGACUAUAAUUAGGUAUGUGACAGAAAUCUUUGCAGUGAAGAACUUAUGAUGAAUCUACCUAGAGCCCUUACUGAAGUUCUCAGCACUAAGCUUAAACACACCCUUUAAAGAGCUCUGAAAUAAGCAUUUGGCUCACAGGAAUGGUAGAGAAGGAUUUUCAAUUAGAGAGUUUUACUAAGUACACUGUAAUAAUAUGACAGUCUUCGUUCAUGGCAUAUCUAAUUAGUUCUAUAAAAUUCUAUGGAAAGCAAGUUAUAGAAUUUUUUAGCUCAGUACUUCAGCUCACUACUCACAGCCCCAAGGUACUGGUCUUGGGCUGGAGUAGUAAUACAGUAGGUAGGUGCUUGCCUUGCACACAGCUGACCAGAGUUUAGGCCCCAGUUCUACGUAUGAUCCCUGGAACCCAGUAAGGGGUAAGCCCCAAACACCCCUGGGUGUGGCCCCACACGAAGAAAGAUACUGGUCUUAUGCUUCAAGACUUUCAGUCAGAUUUGUUUCCGUGUACUUGUAUUAUAUCUGGACUAUGGUGCAUUAUAGUACAAGAUGAGUUUUGUUACAUUUGUGUCCUAGGAAAUCAAAGGUGCUGUGUCCUGACCAAAUCUGUGUUGCCCUUAUUCCUCAACGUAACAGACACUACAAAUUGAAUUUUUCCUUUAAAGUGUCCUUUCAACAGCACAAAUAAGCUUCUUGUGUUUUCCUGAGCAAUGUACACGGCUGUUUGGUAUCUCCCAGUUUUUUUAAGUUUGAUCUAUUUAUUCCCAAACUACAUCCAGUUCUUCCAGAAUCUGGUGCUUCCUGACCAAAAAGAUAAGAAUAAGGUAAACAGUCUCUAUGCUCUCAACUGAAAAGGAGUGAAACAUUGGUUCUACAUGUCUUCUUUUAAAAACAAUUUCCUCCUUCACUAAAAAAACUUGCUGUCUUUCUUAAACAUGUCCCUUUUAUGCAUAUCAAUAGUAUUUAUAAAAUGUGUUCUAUAAUUAUGUAAUUGUAGAUACUGUUGUGUAUUGUCCAGUGACACCCUAAGGCAGGCCCUAUUGCUGUAUCUUUUCUACCUUGUUUGUAAUAGAAACUAUAGAAUGUAUGACUAAGAAGUCACUUUGAAAUUGACUUUUUAAAAAAGUUUUUACCUUCUGCUGUUGCAAAGUGCAAAACUGUGAGUGGAAAUGUUUUAUUCUGACUUAAUAAUAUGUUAGAAAUUAGAUUAUACAGUGGAGGAUUUUUAGAUAUUGCUGCUGCUGUUACCUAAGGUACUUUAGAAAUUUUCUUUAAUAAACAAAAAUGAACAAAAAAAAUCCCUUUGGUAUUUAAAGUGAGACAUUUAUCCUUUUUUAAUCUAAAGCAAAAAGUAAUUUGAGUCAACAUAUUGGUAUAUUUGCAAAGAGCCUUAAUAUAUCCCUUGUGGAAGGCACUAUACCACAGUUUACUUUUAUAUUGUAUUGUAUAUAUGUAUUUUGUAUUAAAAUUGAAUCAGUGACAAUACUACAGUUUUAUAAAAUAAUGCUUUUAGGAAAAGGAAUUCCAGCUUUGCAAGAUAACUAAAUUUUGCAUACUUCUGAAUGUAACAGAUACGAAUAAUCAGCUGUUUUUGAUGAAUCUAUUUGUACUUUCCAAUAAUUUUCACUAAUGUAACAUUUGCUGGGAUAAUAAAAAAAAAUCAAAUCU